AUGGGUUCAUCCUCAACUCAAAUUGGGCAUCACCAGACGGCAGCCAAAGAAUGUGUCCCCAUAGUUCCGGCGGCCAAAUACCCUUCGUUUUCUUCCUCACUUUCAUUAUCAUCAUCGUCAUCUUCACUGGGAUCUUCGUUUUUUCCCGAUGGUUCGCCUGGAUUCCAAAGAAGCUACAAAAUCACAACAAAAAAGGACUACUCCAUGAAGUUGCUGCCAUUGCCUCCGCUGAAUAUCCCACGACCCUCGAAAUCCAGCAGUUUUGGAGUCAUGAUAACGAGGAAGAAAGAAUCCGGCGGCGUCUCCGAGAGUUUCCGGCGGAUGGAUCCAUUUUUCGCGGCGUUGGUCGAGUGUUCCAAGGAAGACGGUGAUCAAGAAACCGACAGAAAUCUCUGGACCGGAGCUAAGGUAACGAGAAGCGUGAGUGACAGGUUGGGGUUCAUCAAUCUUUACAGUUCGUGUAAAAGAAGUUGCGCAGUUUCGGAAUCAAUGGUGUAUCUUCCGAGGUCUCGAAGAACUGCAGCUUAUGACCUAAUUAAUCACCGUCGUUCUCGUUAUGAGUAA